GUGUCAACCUUCACCAGAGGAAACAACACGUUUCAUUCUAUCCAAGAGAAACCACUGGAAACAGAAUCCUAAAUAUGCAUCAUAUAGAACUGCUCUUAGCACUUUUGGCACUUAUGUUUACAAGCACCUCAGAAACAUGUAUUUCACGUCAUAGCAUCACUGCAGUGGAAGGGGAAUUUUUCUAUCUGAGAUACUGCUCAUCAGCAUCUGAGCACGAUAGUGAAAAAAACAGCAUAAAAUGGUACAAGAGCAGUGGGUCACAUGGACGCAUUGAGCUAAACUCAAGCAGUUCCCCCAGAAUUACUUUGCACGAUUAUGUUUUGGAGUUUUGGCCAGUUGAGUUGGAGGACAGUGGAUCUUACUUUUUCCAAAUGGGAAAUGAUACUCGUAAAUGGAAAUUAAAUGUCAUUGGAAGAAGUAAAAGCAGCUGUUUUGUUGAAAAACUACUAACUAGUAAAACUGUAGAAGUUCAGAAAUCUUUGCACGUAGCCUGUAAACAUGACUACUUUCAACCAUUGGCCAAUAGAACUUCACUGUAUAAGAACUGUGAAAAGAUAAACAAUGGUACAAACCCAGUUUUACAGAAGAAUGCAGAGUUUGAAGAUCAGGGAUAUUACACCUGUGUGUUUUCCAUCCCUCAUAAUGGAAAACUAUUUAAUGUCACCAAAACCAUCAACGUAACAAUCGUUGGAGAUCGCAGUAAAAUAAUUCCUGUUCUUCUUGGACCAAAGCUUAACCGUGUGAAGGUGGAAUUAGGAAAAGAUGUAAACCUCAAUUGCUCUGCUUUGGCGAAUGAAAAGGAUCAGAUUUAUUGGAACUUGUGGGAUGAAAAUGGAAAGGAGCCCAAUGUACAUGAAGAGAACGUAAAAAAAAAUAGGACUCUGGAUGGCAAAUUGUAUGUGUCAAGAAUGUUGAAAAUCGAGAAUAUUAAUGCAAAAAAUCUAAAAUUUUCAUAUAAUUGCACUGUGGCCAGCGAGGGAGGCACAGACACCAUAAACUUUGUCUUGUUGAAAAAAGAAGAUAUGGCUGAUAUCCCAGGCUACAUCUUCACCAGAGGAAUGAUUGUGGCUGUUUUGAUCUCAGUGGUAGUUGUGUGCCUAGUGAUAAUGGGUGUCAUUUAUAGAGUUGACUUGGCUCUAUUUUAUAGACAUUUCACGAGAAAAGAUGAAACAUUAACAGAUGGGAAAACAUACGACGCUUUUGUGUCUUACCUAAAAGAAUGUGGACCCGAAAAUGGAGAGGAGCACACCUUUGCUGUGGAGAUUUUGCCCAAGGUGUUGGAGAAACACUUUGGGUAUAAGUUAUGCAUAUAUGAAAGGGAUGUAGUGCCUGGAGGAGCUAUUGUUGAUGAAAUCCACUCAUUGAUAGAGAAAAGCCGAAGACUGAUCAUUGUCCUAAGUAAAAGCUACAUGUCUAAUGAAGUCAGGUAUGAACUUGAAAGUGGACUCCAUGAAGCUCUGGUAGAAAGGAAAAUUAAAAUCAUCUUAAUUGAAUUUACACCUGUCAGUGACUUCACAUUCUUCCCCCAAUCACUAAAGCUUUUGAAAUCUCACAGAGUUCUGAAGUGGAACGCUGAUAAACCUCUGUCGUAUAACUCAAGGUUCUGGAAGAAUCUUCUGUACCUGAUGCCUGCAAAAGUGGUCAAGCCUCGUGGAACUGAAUCUGAAGUCUUCCCUGUUCUUUCACAGUCCUGAUCUUUAGAAAAGCCAAAUGUAAGAAAGAGCUCUUGACGCUCUGGGCUCGGAGCGGAGGAGCCUAUUUUUAACAAAGGGCACUAUUAAAAAUAUUUGGCUCUCUGAAAAUCUUACUUACAGUCUGAAGAUGAAAGUCAUCACUAAGUUGCCAGAGAUAGGACUAAACAUUGAGCUGUGGUCAUGUGCUCCCAGUGGAACCCAGAAUUCAAAAGCAACAGACCUCUUCUGUUUCUUCCUCCUCCGUAACUGUCUACAGGUGCUCAUUCUCAAUCCAUAUUCAGCAACGGUGAGGCUGGGCACAAAGCAAAGAAACUUACGCCCUACAAAAAGGGUACAUCUUCACGUUUUUAAUGCUCAUGAUUGAACUAAAGGAUUUUACGUUCA